AUGGCCGACAAUCUGGGGAAGAAAGAGCGGAGAAAAAGCCUGAGCGUCUUUAGCCCAUCCUUCACCACCUCUUCCCUGUCCGACCCCGCAGCGCACCAACGAUCGCCAUCGGAUGAUGCUCAAGCCUCGAAAAAGAAAUCACGCCGUAAUUCUGGCUUCUUUGGGGUCCGGAACCCCAGUCCGCCAAGAACCGGCACCAGCUACACCCUGCGUCGUCCCGGCACCGCCGAUUCGGAGUCGACAGCAUGCAUGAUGACCCCGCCGGCCCUUGAGAGCUCGCGCUCUCGACGCAAGUCGAUGCAGAAGAGACGAGCCUCGGUCUUCGGGUCACUGCGGUCCCUUCACUCUUUGGAAGAUGAUGAUCGAUCCCUCGGCCGCUCCAAGGGCAGCUCUUUGGAUGAAGACAAUCCAGAAGUUCGACAAGGCAUCGGCUCCAUAAUCCUGCACCAUGGUGAAAUUCAGAUUACAGGCGGCAUGUGGCGGAAGAAGAGUCAUUAUUUGGUCCUAACCGAUACUCAUCUGGUCCGAUUCAAGAGUCAAAGCAAAGCGGCCGAUAUGUUUCCCUCGAUCCCUUCAUCUUAUUCUCGAUCCCUGGUCAGCAACCGUCAAUCUGUCGUCUCCAUCAGCUCAAUGCAAGAUCCACAGCUAGGUGUGCCAGGUGACAACUCCUCCGGAAUUGCCUUGAACAGUAUCAUCGCUGUCUACAUGUUGGACGAUGGCCGACCGUCGUCAACGGUCGAGGUCGCCUAUGUCGACGAGCGCGCACAGAAGGCCACCUUCAUUCAAAUGCAGACGCCGGACUACCAGGAACUCAAUUUGUGGAUGGUGGGCAUUCGGUCCGCGGCAGAACUAAUUCGAGGAGCCGACCCCUUGCCAUUCGACCGGAAGACGGUGGACUGUGUGGUGCGAAUGUUGGAUUACGAACGAGAUUACGAUCCCGAAACGUUUCGCAUGUUUAGGGUCAUUCAAAUGGCAUCUAGCAAGUCUCCGACGCGGGCUUCGUCGGAGGAUCUAACCAAGCUUUCGCCGACUGGUUGUUACCUUGCCCUGGGUUCUCAUAAACUCCAUCUUAUUCCCUUACACAAGAUAUCCAGUCGCAGCUCUGUGGUAUCUUUAAGCGAUUUAGAUGCUGCGACGUCCUUUGGACUCAUGAACCUGACCUGCUUGUCGAUGGAAUGGGGCGACGAUAGCUUACAUCUUACCUUCCGACUGCCUCUUCGCAAACCAUUCUCCGUAUUUCUUGCAUCCGUUCAUUCUUUGGAAGUUGCCUUCUGGAUAAGACAACAGACGGAGUUCUUGCGACCUUUAUGGCUCAAGCAGCCUUAUGACUUCAUCGUCCCUCGAGACCUUGACAAUGAGAACAACUUUCCUCCAGUAGACCUUGAUGAAGACUUCGGUUGCUUUGACAGAACUUUGGUCGCUUAUUCUGCCAGCUAUGACAUCGAUACAUCCAACAUUCGAUACACAAUUGACAUGCAAUGUGACGACGCUCCCUGUUUCAAGCUAUUGCCUCCUUCCUCACGCCGUAAGUAUACGGCCCUGGAAUUGAUCGCCGUCCUGCGGGCCUUGCGCUAUAACGAGUCUUUCCGUGCAAUCUCAUUCAGCGGGGUGAGCUUAGACGCCCUCCAGGGCUUGCGAGACGCGCACGGACAAGACAAGGAUGCGCUUCUUAGUCGUGCUGGUGCAGCCAUCAACAUUCCCGGGCAAGAAAACCUCUCUGUUCUAACCCAGGAAGUUCGAGCCUUAACACUGAAGAGCAAAUGGCUUCGACGCCUUGAUUUCUCCUACACGUUAAGCCGCAUCCCCAAGUCGGAUAGUGAAAGUCAUGACCCCGGCUGCGGUAUCCCAGAGGCGAUUUUUCCGAUCUGUCGGCGAGAACUGACAAGCGUCGAUUGGGUCGUUCUCAACGGAAUCAAACUUGGAGAUUCCGAUCUGGACUAUCUUGUUGAUGCGGCUUCGCAGCGAGGUAGUCACAUGAGGGCACUGGAAGUGGGUAAUUGUGGUCUAUCUGUGCAUGACCUUGACCUUUUGCUGUCGACUGUCGUUGCUCAAUCGCACACGCUGGAGGCAAUCAACAUUUCUGGCGUGCAGGGUCGCCUGACGCCGGAUAUCCUCCCGCAGUACCUUGGUUACUUUAGCCAUAUCAAGACCCUGGACUUGUCCCGAAUUUCGCGCACAUCUGGUCCGGAACCACUACUCACGCCUGAGAUUUUGAUCAAUUGGCGCCUGGAGGAGCUUUCCUUAAGCCGGACAGCCGUCAAUCGGCAGACCGUUGAUGCUAUCGCCACGUAUCUAGCCAGCGAUCGCUCGCAGGGCUUGCGGGUUCUCAAGUUUGAUCAAUGCGGUCUUAGCGGUCAGGAUUUGGCGAUCUUUCUACAUUCUAUGGCGGUGCUCGAAUCUCGUAACCUGCAUUUGCAUGCCAACGAGAACCGACUCGAUCAGGGCUGUUCAUACCUUUUUGACGCCAUAGCCCAAAACAAAACCCCAACACACUUGUCGAUGCGAAUGAUCGAUUUCAAGAAGGAGGAGCAGUUUCAGGAGCUGGUCGAGGCUUUGCGAGUGAACCGUUCUUUGAAAUACCUGGAUAUCUCGAAGGCUUCCCUCCCGUACGAUGCAGGGCCAGAGACCUGCAGGGCACUGCAGAUGAUGUUUGAAGAAAAUGAGACAUUAGAAGAUUUGGACAUCAGUGGAGAGAGUGCUCACUUGGAUGUCGCCCGUUUUGGAAUUGGUCUCAAUCUGGCUCUCACUGGCCUGAAGAAGAAUAAGUCUCUGCAGGUUUUGAGGAUUGAACAUCAGAAACUUGGUCUGCAAGGAGCAAACACCCUAGCAUCCGUGCUGGAAGAUAAUGACUGUCUACGCGAGGUUUAUUGCGAAAACAAUGAUAUCAAUCUGCAAUCGUUCACAGUUCUGGUGAAUGGUCUGCAGCGGAACCGGUCCUUGCUGAGUCUUUCUUGCAUGGACCGGGAUCGAGUCCAGUCACUUGAACGGGUGCGACGGGAAGUUGAGAACGUCAAGCGGGACCUGAGCCUUGCACAGAGCUCUACCACGAGUUCUAUCCGUCGCUCGAUCCACGCUGCUAUCACCAACAAAAACUCGAGCAGUAGCAAGCUAUCCAAACAGCAGCCGUCAUCACUUCACCGUUCGGGUGCGUCAACUUCCAAUCUACUUUCCUCUGCAGAUGCUUCUCUGAUGCAACAAGAUGUUGAGAUCAUCUUGCAAUCAUUGAAUCGAAAAUGGGAUGCGGAGGUCGCGCGUCUGCGCAAAUACCUUUUUAGGAACUAUAAUCUGGCACAUGGCAUUGAUGAUGGCAGCGCCGGGCUUGACGAUGACGAUUCCAGCGAAGGACGCCCCGCCACUGCAACAACGUUGGGACUCAUGCUCGAUAAUUUGAAAUUGGAUGUGACGGUUUCGACAAACGAGAUUCAGCCACCGCCGCCGCCCGAAGAUGGUGAUACCAGCCCGAAGACCCAUUUGGACAUGUUUAACAGUCUCGAUGCUGAGAGUAGCUUGGUAGCUGAGCUUCGGGAACGCCCGCAGACAGCUCCCUUUUCAUUGGCAGACUAUGGAAGUCAGUCGUUCCUGCCCUUGGAAUAUGAGGGGUUCCAUGGCCACAGUUCUCGAUUAGCGGUUCCAGUUCCAGCCAUACCUCCUGUGGUGAACAAGACCAGCAGCGUUCGCAGUGCUCGCAGUUCUAGCACCGUCUCUACUGGUACCGGUGCAAGUACGCGCAGCACCUACGGGUCGGCUUCAUCUACGUUGAGAGGGUUUCUGAGUGGCGGUGCAUCCAAAGAACGCAAAAGGAUGGAAAAAAUGAGGUCCGGUGCAGUAUGCGUAUCUACCGAUAGGCCACCUACGCUGGAUUGGGCACCCCCACAUCUUGAAUUGGAUAAUUUUCGAUAA